UCCUUCCCCAAAUGAUUCUUAGGUAGCGACAUCCUAGCUUGGUUGACAAUCCAUGUUGUUUCCGUGCAGCGUCGAGCUGACCCUGCAAGUGCUACGUCAACAGGUUGUCGGGGGUUUUGGUUACUCCCCCUCCUCAUUUUCCCACGGACUAUAAAAUUUUCCCGUGACGUUGCUCGUCCAUAUGUGAAACCAAAGCAAGACAGUUUCUUCUGAAACAACAACAGGCUAACGUGUUUUCAUACAGGACUCCAUGGUUUCCUGCCCUACCUACAGACAGACUUACCUCCCCCUGCCAGAAUGGAGAGCUCACUACACUAUACCUCUGUCAACCAUGCCGACUGUCUAAUAGGAUCCAUCAACCAGCUCCGGAGGAAAACAGAACUAUGUGACGUCCUUCUCAACGUCGGCAGUCGCCGCAUCCAUGCUCAUCGACUGAUUCUAUCGGCGUGCAUGCCUUAUUUUCACAACCUCCUGGAACACAACCCACGGGAAACGCCAGCCGAAUACCACUUGACUGAUGUAGACCCAGAUGCCGCUCAAAGUAUUAUUGAAUUCUGUUACACGUCGGCUAUAUCCGUGACGGAGGAGAAUGUGUUGACAUUGCUGCCAACAGCCUUCAUGUUUCAACUGGAUGAGAUUAGUAACUUGUGCUGCGACUUUCUGUUGUCUCAGCUCCGUCCCGACACAUGCCUUGUGACAUAUCAGGUGGCCACUCAGUGCGACUGUAAGACCCUACAAGAGGAUAGUGUAGCCUUCAUUAAGGAAAACUUUCAACAGAUUUUGGCAGAGGAGACAUUCCUGGACCUGGCAGUGUACAGUCUAUUACAGACUCUGAAGUCUCUCCAGGGGGAGGUGCUGUCUGACAAGCAGGUGCUUGACGCCAUACAGACAUGGGUGGACCAUUGUGGGGAGGACAGGCAACAGUCUGCACCACUGGUGGCGCACUUCUUCCCUGACCUGUUUGAAAAACUGAAGGAGUUCCUGCCAGAGGAGUUGCUGCAGCUUCCCCUCACACUUGAUGACAUGGACACAUCCAGUCCCGUCUCUCGUCCGGAUGAAACAUCCACCUCGGAAGACAGCUUCUCCAUGUCCAAUGGAGGACUCAACAACAACAACAGCAGCAGCAUGGUCAUCAUCUGCACCAUCUGUGGUGAGAUCUUCGACAACCAGAAAAUGCUGGAUCAACAUAAGCGAGACUGUGAAGAAAUGUCAAUCAAGCCAGAGUUUCUACAUGUCAACGACAACACUAUUACCAUUUCGACUGGAUCUCCCAAAGGCGACAAUGGUUUCUCCAGCAGUCACUUUAGCUCCCUGAUUAAUGGGCAUACUUGUCCCAUAUGUAACAAGUCUUUCUCAGACAAGAAGAACCUUAGCAAGCACAUCAAAAUACACUCCCAGAGUGGGUUUUCUUGUGAGUUUUGUCUUAAGAAAUACAGCACUAAAUCAAAUCUGCAGGGUCACAUGAGAGUUCAUUCAGGAGAUCGGCCAUUUUCAUGUGAAUUCUGCAGCAAACAUUUCAGCACUUACUGUGUCUUGAGAGUCCAUCUUCACACUCAUACUGGGGAGAAGCCAUACCCUUGCCCAACCUGUGGGGUAUCCUUUGCCAAAAAUAUCCAUCUUAAACGACACAUGCAGAUACACACAGGUGCUAAGCCCCACGUGUGUAACAUUUGUGGCAAGCACUUCAGUCGUAGCGAUCACGUCAAGCGACACAUUCAGAGCAUCCAUUCAGGUGCCAAGCCUCACACGUGCACCCUUUGUGGGAAAGAAUUUGUGCGAAAAUAUGAGCUCAAUAAGCAUAUGAAACUCCACUUUGCCCAGUCCGUCGAUGGGCAUUUCAGUAAUGAUACUGGGUUCCAUGAGUUUGAAAACGGUAAUUCAAGUCUCAGUGAGACAAGUUUGAAAGACUGAAUGAUCCCCAUGUCUGUCCCAGGCAUACCAGAUCAAGCCCCAUGUUCAGUACUGUGAAGUUCAUGCACCUCCUCCCCAUAAUCAGUUAUCACCCAUCAGGAUAUUCAACAAAUAGUUCACUGAGCCUACUGUGUACAGACAUUUCUCAUCCCCAUCAAGACCAUCAUAUUUCAUAAGCAUAUUAUUUUCCUUAUCCUUGUCAUGACUACAGUCCAGAACUACAGACCUUGUCAGUAUUGUGUAGAAUUUAAGCUUUUGAUGCAUUUGGAAAAGCAACGUCCUGUAACUAAGUAUUGUCAGCUUGGUACCAAUGUUACCAAGGAUCUGUUUUUUAUGAAAAUAUUCCUACAAAUUGUGAAUACCACUAAAUAUGAAUAUAAAUAAAUGUGAAUAUUAAUGGUUUUACAAUGAAUAAUUUAUUGAUAAGAUUAAUUCAUGACAAUCAUCUUUGAAAUUGUAUGUAAAUAGUAUUCCUAUAAUCCAAGCUUUGUGGUACAGGGUGAUGAUGUUAGUUGAUUGUGGAACACUACCCACCUGUCAUCACUAUCCCCAGUGUAUCCUAAUCAGUAACACAAGCUAAGGUUGGUAUUGGAGAAGUAGAUUUUUCCCUUAUCAGUAAACAUAUUGUCAAUUCGGCCAGUAUCAUAACCCGUUAUAACGAUGGCUGAUUUCAGGUAUGAUUGAAAACUGUUGUCAUCAGUUUGUAGCUAACAAUUCAACCUGAGUAUACAACAGUUUGUCAGACUGUGGAUAAAAUUUAAAAAUUAUGUCACUAAAUGAUCCCCAGUUACAUAAAAUAUAGGCUUUGAAAUACACAAUGCCAUUCUAGACAGUGGUCAAAGAUAACAUAGAAAGUUACUAAGAAAGUGUAAUCCCAAAAAUUAUGUCACUAAAUGAUCCCCAGUUACAUAAAAUAUAGGCUUUGAAAUACACAAUGCCAUUUUAGAAAGUGGUCAAAGGAAACAGAGAAAGUUACUAAGAAAGUGUAAUCCCAAAUAUAACAUAUGUUAAAUAUAGGCUUUAUAUGAUACUGGUUUUAAAUAUGAUUUGUGUACUGCUAAGUUCUUGUGUGCAAACAGGACUGGAUAAUAAUACCAAGGUGCAUGGAUUUUAAAGUGAGUUUCCAUUGUAGCCAAGAACAUGCUGGUAUAAUCCACCAGAGGUAUCUGUAGUGGUGAAGCCUGUAUGGUUGCCCAAAACUUCCAUUGUGACCAGAAAUACUGGUACAAUCCACCAAGGGUAUCUGUGGUGCUUAUGCCCAUGUACAGAUCCAUUAAACUUCCACUGUAACCCAAGCUGGCUGUAGUAUGAUGCCUUGUGUGUAAAUGGUGCCCUCAUUGGUGGCCUAGCCCGUGCUGGUAUGAUCCCCAAUCACUGAUGCUGAGGAUGUAAAUCUUCCUGGGAGAGACUAUGGAUGAUUGAGUGUGAGAGUGUGUGCCAUGUACAGUACAAUCAUUUUCUUCAUCUUGGUAUAAGUCAUUGCUGCCAGCCCUGGCACCUCACAAUAACAGAACAUCACCGUCAUUCAAGACUCAUCUUAAUUCACCACACCUCACAUAUUCACCUGUAUUUCCUCAUUCCCAGCUGUUCUGCAUGAUAAUCUGAAGCAUUAAUCACAAACCCUGCAUCUCGUGGUGAUAUGGACAGUAUAAAGAUGUUCAUAUUCUGUAGUUAUUAUUUAUUUCGGUUUCCAAUUUAUGAAUAUUGCACUCAAAAGCUGAAAUUAUUUUUCAAUUCAGUUCAUCUCAAGACCCAAUUAAUAUUUCAGUAGUCUUUUUCUGCAAAAUGAUUUUAGUGCUGUAACUAGGACAAGUGUUUUGGAAGGCAGUUAUUUAACAUACUACUUCUUGUUUGCCAUAUUAGAAUACAUUACAUGUUUGGAAUACAUUACAAGUAGAAAGCGGUGGAAAUAUUAGGUUUUAGAUUUUCAAACUGUACUGACAAGAUAUUAGGUGGUAUUUAAACACAUAAAAUGUUUAGAUAUUUGAAAACAUUUCUGAAGAAUUAUUACCAUUUUUACUGAUAAUAUUUUCCUACAUUGUUUUGAAAAAUUAUGUUCACGAUAACAGCCUUGAAUGUUCUGUGAGAAUCCAUGAUUCUGUUUGGCGACUCCUUCAGAAGGGGCCAUGUUACAUGCAAUAUGUACAGAACCACUGAAGGAGGAUCUAGCCAACAGAUGGAGUAUUGCAAGGGACAUUUUGAAUUCAGAAAUUUUGUACAGAUUGUACUUGAAUUGCAGGAGAUACUCCUCUAACAAGGUGCCUUAUUUUCUUAUGGACUGACUUUUGCAUUGUAAAAGUCUGGUAUGCAUGGUUUUCCUGAAUGUUUGACAUUGCCCAGUAGUGGCAGUUGUUGUGUUAUUCUAAGUCAGAAUUUGGUGAGAGGACAUUCCGUUUUGGGACUCUUUUAGGGUUUUUGUUGGGUUACUUAUAAUUUAUUUAUUUAAAUGUAUAUAGUUUGAGAUUCUUAUUGUUCAGUGUGUAUAUUAUGUUCCAUUUUGAAUUUUAAACAUUGUGAUUCCUUUCAAGUCACUUUCAAGUUAUAUAUAUAAGUUAUUGGUUACUUCGCCCACAUUCGCUUCGUAUUUAUUGUACCAGUUUCCAAUUUUCAUAUUUUUGUAUGUUUGUUUUGUUACCAUUUAACAACAGUUGUUUACAUGUUUUUUCAUAAUAUAUCCUAAGCCUGCAAUGUGCCUAUGCUGCCAUAUUACAUCAGACCCUCACUCUUUCCAUACUGCAGAGUCCAGAUUCAGUAGCCAGAUUAAAUCAGCUAACAUGACACGGUUGUGAUGUGUACAUACUGCCUUCGACCUGAACUCAGCAUACAGUUAACUCU